AUGGACGCUGUAAGUUUUGUCGAAUCUCUCGAGCUCCAUGAAGGCUCACCAAUGCCAAUGCGAAUGAUGGAAUCUUUCAAAAGCACGCUGGCUGAGAAAAAGAAAGCAAAAGCCUUUGUAGAUGCUGGUAGCCUUGUGUCUUUCACUGAAAAUCUGUCUGGGCAAAAUAAAGAAGACGUCCUGAACUCCACACUUCUGGCACAAUUAGCCGCAAGUAAGAAACAUGACCGCCAGACUGACAGCGCCAAUUGGUACAAGUUUUACACAGACGUCUUGAUGAAGAUUGGUUGGGUUACUCAACAAUUCCAGUUCAGUAAGUACCAUUCACACACGGGUUCUUUCGAAAUGUCUACGGUGGUCCUGGACAUCCUCUUGUCAUUAGUUGGUGAUGGUGAACAAACCUUGGUGGAUGUCGUGAAAGCAACCUUAGAAUCGUUCAAAAAAUCAGGUGGGGACACCAUCAAGCUGUUUGAUCACAAUUGUGUCUCGGGGCAGCAAGGCAAUUUCCAAAUCAUUCCCUGCACCGUUGAUAAGAAGAGUGGCCAAGUCGUUGUGAAAUUUGUCGGUGCAUAUUUCAAAGCAACAAAAGUCGAUUCUCGCUUUUUAUUCUUCACGUACAGCAACAGUCAGGUUGACUUAGAGAAGGCUGCCGAUUCCCUCACACUGAACGAGAAAAUCUAUUCCAAAGUUCGUCAAGCGAUAAUCGAUAAAUUAGGAGGCAAGGCCCAAACUUUUGUCGACGGAUUGGACAUUUAA